AUGACAAGGUUGCCAUUCAAAGGCGACACAAGUACUUUUGGAAAUUCUCAGAAAAAUGCAUUAAGAAGAUUUUUAUCUAUGGAAAGAAGACUUGACUCCAAUAUUGAGUUAAAAUUGGAAUAUGUGAAAUUUAUGCAAGAUUAUGAAAAUCUCGGACAUAUGUCGAUGGUUAAGGAUUUGGAUUUAAAUUCUCCCCACUAUUUUAUCCCACAUCAUUAUGUAAUUAAACCAGAUAGCACAACUACUAAAUUACGUGUAGUGGGCCCUACAAUCCAAAAUGAACUUGUAAUAACAUUAUUAAGAUUUCGAUUAUAUCAAUAUGGAAUAACGGCUGACAUAACAAUAAUGUAUAGACAAUUUUGGCUACAUCGAAGUGAUCGCAAUUUUCAACUAAUUUUGUGGCGUGAGCAUAAAUCGCAAAAUAUUUCAGUUUAUCAACUGAAUACUGUUACAUAUGGUACGAGUUCUGCGCAAUUUCUUGCAACUAGGUGCUUACACUACAUUGCAGAUAACUAUCCUUACCGUAAAGAAACAGGUAAAAUGAUAUUAAAAAGGGAUUUUUAUGUCGAUGACAUGAUCUCAGGAGCAGAUGACUUGGAGACAUUGCAAGCCAUCAAAAAUGAAACUACCGAAAUAUUGGAUUUUUACAACUUAUCGUUAACAAAGUGGAAUAGUAACAAUGUUAACAUCACUGCACCAAAUGUUAAACUUACAGAUAUUGAGACUGCAAGAGAUAUGGCAUGCCCACUUGGAAUGUUAUGGAAUACGAAAGAAGACUAUUUUUGCUUCACUUUUCAAUCAACCAAUAUACCAGCAAGUCAUACUAAACGAAACAUUUUGUCAUUAGCAUCAUCUUUAUAUGAUCCUUUGGGUCUAAUUACUCCACUUAUCAUCAAAGCUAAGAUUUUGUUACAGCAACUAUGGAUAAUUGGAUGUGAUUGGGAUGAAUCCGUACCUCAAGAAAUUUACACAACAUGGAACAAAAUUCUUGCUGAUUUGCAUCAAGUGGUAUGCCGCCACUUGAUCUGCUGGCAUACGGACUUCGAGAGAUCUGGCACAGUAAAGUUGGCUGGAAAAUCACAACCAGCUAUUGUUCGUGAACUUAAAGCAAAUAAAAUAUCUAAUCGUAUCGUGUAUCGUACUUUAAAUCGUUAUGAUAAUACAGACAGCGUCGCCAAACACUAUGGUAGUGGACAAGAAAAAACAGGAAGAUCACCUAAAAUGAUUCAGAAAGUAAAGACUCGACUUGAACGAAAUCCACGUCGAAGUGGUAAUUAA